CUUUCUUCAGUAUUGCACUGGCGAGAGAAUCAUAUACGCAUGACAACAGUUGUAGAAUCCAACUGUCUCUGUGAUAAAAGAUACAGUGACAGUCGCGUCACUAACGCGACUCGGUGACUCUACUUUUGUACAGAGUUUAAUUUUGCCAGAGAGAGAGAGAGAGAGAGAGAGAGAGAGAGAGAGAGGAGAUAGAAAUAAAGCGAGAGAGACAGAAAGUGAGAGAGAGAGAGAGAGAGAGAGAGCCUGCUGUUGUAUUUAUUAUAACUGGCUGAAGUAGAAAGAAAAUGCAGGAAUACUCUGACAGGUGGUAAGCACUAUUAUUAUAUGCUACGAGAGGAAACAAAACACAGCAUAUAGUAAGAAAAACACAUAAAAACAUAAACAAUAACAACGAACAAAUAAACACACAAACGCUUUGAUGGACAGAUUUAGAAUUUCAUUUUAGCGCCAAGCAUUGACGCAACUUGAUAUAUUUUGAAUCAGAAAAAUGAAGUGACAUGAAGUCGAAAUCACAGAAUCUGUCGAUACGUUUCAAUUAAUUCCCAAAACGCUUUCCGAUUAUUUAUGAGGCAACACACGGCAAAAUGGCAUCGUUCGUUAAAAAGGUAUUUGGUUUUGGAAGAGGAAAAGAUAAUUCUCAAUCGGAUGAGUACACGAACAAAUCAGCGACACAAGCAGAAUCGAAAGCGCUGGUGGAUAAUAGUUGUGAGGCAUCUCUUGCCGCAUCUGCACAAUGUCCACCGAUGCCAGAUCUUACGGGUCUUACCAACGAAGAAAUACAAAUAAUAUCAAAUGUCUUCCGGCGUCAAGAGCAGUUUGAAGUCGAAACUAAAGACAGAAUUAGGAACAUCAAGAUGGCACUUGAAAAAUACGAGACACUAUCUACUGAGUUUGCUACCCAGAAGACCACUGGUUAUGUCGAUCUUCGUCUCUGCCAACUGUGUUUCCGAGUGAAGUUCCCCGAUGGAAUUGGACGAGUUUGUUGUGAUUGCGAAAAGAGAGUCUGCCAUAAAUGUGGUUCCUUCGCAAGACCAAGAUGGGAUCCUAAAAGAAGUAAGAGUAUACGCGGGAAAUGGCGGUGCGCUCAUUGUCAACUACGAAGAGAGAUGAUGUGCAAGACGGGUACAUGGUAUCAUGGGGAUGACACAGUUGAUGCCAUCGAUAGUAGUGAAUCAACAAUCAAGCCAAGACUGGAGAAUGAGGAUGCCAUUACUACAUUGGUGGAUGAUACUUUGACAGAUGUGUCAUCUGAUGUUUUCCGAUCAGCUGUUGAAACAGAAGGUCAACCGAACGUUGCCCAGAACCCGGUUAAUCGCAGAUCCUAUCGUGCUCGGAGUUUGCCAACGGGAUAUACCUGUGAAUAUAGAGACGAAGAAGCGUCAGGGGACACAGAACAAUUCGAAACGGAAAGGAAAAUGCGAAGGAAAAAAGACUCGAUCGCAAAUUUCGUCGUCGGUCUGUUCUUCGUAAUCGAUCUGAAUUCGAUCGAGAAAUUCCUGAAAUUAUUGUAAACCCUCCCGAAGAGCCAUAUCGCCGCUCGGCACG